AGAGGCUCAGUCUGGCUCUAACAACUCAACAAGCCACAUCGCGUUUGGCCAUUGAAUAAAUAUAGUAUAUAUACGCACAUAUACCAGAGGAGAACCGAGAACGGGGAACCUAUAUAUAGUUUGAGUGCUUUCGCGAUUAAAUUCACAAAAUGUGGCGCUUGCUUCUGACGCUUCUGAUGAUGAGUGCGGUGUGCUGUGAUUCGGAACUUGUUCGCGAGGGGCUGAGGACCAAGGAAACGAUGGCCUACAUCGAUAGUUUGGUGCAGCAGGAUCGGCAACAGCAACAGCAAAUGCCACCCCAGCAUAUUCAGGCGAUUCCCUUGCCAAGUUUGCCGUCCCUUCAAUCGCCCGGCCUCGUGAAUGACCUUUCACCCAAAGACGAUCCCGUUGCGAUUCGUUUGUCGGGAAGUUCCGUGAAACGGCCACUUCCGCCUUCCACCUACGUGGAUUUGGCCACCUCCGAUCAGAUCGCGAAGAGUGUGCUCAAUUUCGGAAAUAUUCUGGCUCAGCACUUGGGCCAGAGGAAAACGGAGAUCUUCUCGCCACUGAGCAUCGUUCAGUCCCUGGCUCUACUGCUCCUGGGUGCCAGGGGUCGCAGCUACGAGGAACUCUCCCGAGUGUUUGCCAUUCAGGACACCAGCAGGCUGCACGAGCAGUUUGGAUUGAUGCUGCAGGAUCUGCAACAGCCCACCAGAGCGGGACUUUCGCCAGGAAGACCUACGACCGAAUGGAGGGCCACAGGAACCAUGAGACCGAGUCGCAAGGCCCAGAGACCCGGAGCCCAUGAAGUGCACCUGGCCAACGGACUGUUCACCCAGACCGGCUACUCACUCAACCCCGACUACAGACGGGCGGUCGAAGAGGUCUACGGAUCGCAGCUGGAGGUCCAGGACUUCGAGGGCAGUCCGGCGACGGCGCGAUAUAACAUCAAUCGCUGGGUGGCGGAGCACACGAAGAACCUCAUCCAGAAUAUCAUCGCCAGCGACAUUCCACAGAGCACCCGACUGAUCCUGGCCAAUGCGCUGUACUUCAAGGGCUUCUGGGAGAAUGACUUCAUGGAGUUCACCACGCGGCCGGAUAACUUUUAUCCGAAUGGCGAGGGAACCCAGCCGGUGGUGAGGGUUCAGAUGAUGGCCACCGGAGGAACCUUCCCCUACCACGAGGACUACGAACUGGGCUGCAAGAUCAUCGGACUGCCCUACAGGGGAAACCUGAGCACCAUGUACGUCAUCCAGCCCCUAAAAUCAUCGACGAAAGCACUGAAGGAUCUGCAAGCCGUUCUGACUGCGGAUAAGAUCGAGGAGUUGAUCAGCAGGAUGUUUAGGCGAUCGGCCAUAAUUGCAUUCCCAAAGAUGCACCUCACCGAGUCCGUUAACCUGAAGACUGUUCUGCAGAACAUGGGACUGGGUGGCAUCUUCAGCACCGUGCAGAAUGAUCUCUCCCUGAUCGCCACCAAUGAUGCCACCAGGACGAGUUCGCUGGGCGGAAACAGCCUGCAGAAUCUGGAGGCGCAGCGAAGAGCCGGAUCCGGAGGAGCACGCUCCGACUUGGUGGUGGAUGACAUUGUCCACAAAGUGGACUUCACUGUGAAUGAACAGGGAACGGAGGCGGCGGCAUCCACGGUCACGUAUCUGAAGAAAUCCGGUCCGGAUGUCCUCUUCCGGGCGGACACUCCCUUCAUGCUCCUUGUGCGCCACGAUCCCACUAAGUUGGUGCUCUUCUACGGUAUCAUCAACGAGCCUCCAGCGGCUGCCUAGUCCCAAGGACCUUAAAUUAUUAAGCUUUUGUAUAUAAGUUCGAUGACUUUUAGUUAGGAAGCCAAUAAAUCAUUUUAAAUGAUUCAAAUAAUAAAUUAAACGAUAAUAUAUUAAAAA